CUGCGUAGAUUGUGUAAAGGGGACUAGGUGUCUGGGUGAUUACUCUUAUACAACUUACUGUGAACUGUCUACUCUACUGCAGCAACUAUAGAGUAUAGACCUUAACAGUCUAUAGUAUUAUAACAAGUCACAAGAUCUCCGUCGUUGUUGUCUACUCUCCAUAGUCCAUCUGACGUUUUGGUCUGUGAACUCGUCAUUACUGAAUAUAUUUUCGAUACUAUCGAUUGCAGUAGAUUUUCGACUUACCAAAUAAGCACUGAAAAAUAUUUUCCGAGUAUAACCGCUUACACCGCGGGCUACGAUCUCGUGCCAUCAAGCUUGACUAGACUCUGCAGCUAUUCCGCGCUGUAGCGCAUUUCACUGGAAGAUGCCGUUUGGCUGUCUGGUGAUUUAGCCUCAGCUUGCUUGAAUAUAUACCCGCGGCUACCCACUUCUCAAGGUGCCAAGAAGUUGGAGAGACUGUACUUCAGGCACCUUUUGUGGAAGACAAGUGAGACAGCGGAGUUAAUUGCACCAUGGCCGACAAGCAACCUGAUGAUGUUGAAAAUGUUAAUGAAGAAGCCGCAGUAUGUGCAGAACCAAAGGGAAAUGAAGGUGGUGGAUGGUGGGAUUCAUUAUACUCUGCAGCUAAGUCUAAAUCUGCUGAAGUGUUGGAAUCGGUUAAACGUGAUCUCGGUGAACUAACAACAAUAGUCACCACUGAAACCAGCAAUAUUGUUUUAAAUACUACCAAUGUUGUGAAAGAUACAUUACAAUUGGAAAAUCCAGAAUCUACUGCCAACACUAUGAAAAAAUCAGUAAGUUUGUUUCUUGACCAAAUGUCAAGUGCAUUAAACCCUUUGCCUGAUGAUGAAGAUGAAGCAAUAAUGAUUGUUGGCUCUGACACGGUUACUUUGUCUAGGCUUCAAGCACAAAUAUAUACACUGGCAAAUGAUCCAAAUACAUUUUUAAUGGAAAUUGAUGAUCAACUUGAUAAAAGAUAUAAAGCUUGGUUGGAUUGGGUUAAAAGUGGUGAUAGUAGUUUGUUAUCUAAUGAUAAACUCAACAAGAUAUUAAAUGAGUGCACUCCAUUACGUGAAAACUAUCAGAAAUUUGUGCCAGAUUCUGUUUCUCAUGCUGACUUUUGGUAUCGAUUUUUGUUUCGAAAGGCAUUGUUAGAAGAUGAAGAUGCAAAACAACAGAGGCGAUCAGAAAAGGAAAAUCGAGAAGCUGAAAGAAUAGAUUUCAAUAAAGAGUUAACUCCAUUGUCUGAUAUAGAACUGUCUGAAAAAGAACAAGAGGAGAUAUUGACAUCAUAUGAUCAGGAACGAAGAGUAUCAUCAAAAUCUAAUAGCCCCAUAGAAGAAAUUAAGAAGGAUUCAAAAUCAAAACAGGAAGAUAUUCCAUCAAAUGCUUCUUCAGUUACCACUUCGAGUUUGGACAAAGGUAAUUGUUGAGUAUGAAGGUGUUACUAAAGUUUAAGACGAAUGGGUCAAGGAUUUUGAUAUGGAAGACAUUGAACCGCCCACUACCACCAAAUGAGUUGAACUCUAAUAACGUUUAGUUUUUCAUGCCUGUCUUUGUUGACUAUUGGGAUAUACAUCUUGAUCAUAAUAUAAUAAACAUUAUUUUUUUUCUACAUACAUAUAUUUCUAUUUAUAAAUAUUAUUAUAUUUUUAAGUUAUUUUUAUUGUUAAACACAUUUUUGUUUUGUGUCAAAAAUAAAAAAGAACACUAUCAAUGUUGUAUAAUA